GCUAGGCAGCAUUAUCAUCAUCAGCGGUCAGUGGUGGGACGCUGCUGGCGAGUCUCAGGUAUUUCAUCAUGCACGCCCUUCACUCGACCCUGCUGCCUCCAUCUGCUGUCCAUCACUCACUCUAUCUUCCCAAUUUUACCCCUUCUACCAUCUACCCGCUACCCGCCUCUCAUGACUCCUCCGCACCUGAAAUCAAGGUAGUCGGUAAUCUCAUAGUAGCUGGAGGAGAAGACUUGCGAGUUUUCGAGAUCAGAGAGAGCCAGAGACCGCUACCGGCGGUCAAUGGAGUGCAUGAUGAAGCUGAGCCGGGAGAGCUCAAAGUUGAGGACGAAGAUUACUUUGACACUGGUCCUUCUGAAAGAGCGCCUGUGCAGUAUGAGACGACGCGAAAGUUACACCUCCUCACUCGACAUCAGGUCCAUGGAACCGUCACAGGUCUGGCUGCCUUGCGAACCAUUGAAUCUAGUGCCGACGGAUUGGACAGAUUGCUCGUCUCGUUCAAGGACGCCAAAAUGGUAUUGCUGGAAUGGUCUCGUGGGGACAUAGCCACAGUCUCGUUGCAUACGUACGAGCGAUGCUCGCAGAUGGUCAAUGGGGAUCUUCAAAGUUACGUGCCCCUUCUUCGAAGCGACCCUUUAUCUCGGUUGGCGGUCUUAACCCUGCCGGAAGAUUCCCUGGCGGUACUCCCCCUUACCCAGGAACAAUCAGAUCUCGACCCGUUAGACACAAGGGACGUGCCAUAUUUCCCAUCCUUCGUUCUAUCCCUGCGGGACGUAUCGCCUUCUCUCAAGAAUCUUCAGGACCUCCUCUUCCUUCCUGGAUUCCACUCUCCAACCCUCGCCCUCCUUUACUCUCCAGUUCAGACCUGGUCGGGUCGUUAUAAGACGGCCAGAGAUACAUUCGUACUUGAAAUCCGCACCAUCGACCUUUCCUCCGGCUCAUCCUAUCCUCUCUUGACUUCUGUCACUGGCCUACCUGCCGACAGUCUUUACCUGGUUGCCUGUCCAAUCGGGGGUGUCGUUCUUGUCACUUGCACGGGAAUCAUCCACAUUGAUCAAUCUGGAAGGAUCACCAGCGCUGGUGUCAAUGCUUGGUGGAGCUAUACGACAGCGCUCAAGGCGGACAGAUCGAGCGAGGAGAGAAAACUCAGCCUCGAAGGAUCAAAAUGCGUCUUCGUCACUGACCAUGACAUGUUGCUGGUGCUGCAUAAUGGUGAUGCCCAUCAAGUCCGAUUCGAGAUGGAUGGAAGGGCUGUAGGUACGAUCAAAGUCGACGAACAAUGCAGCGAGGUGCCUCCACCGUCGAGCAUCGUGGUCGCUGGAGACAAGGCAGUCUUUGUCGGUUGUGCGGAAGGUGAUUCUCUCUUGGCAAAGGUCGAGGCGAUCCGGAAGAUGAUUCGAGUGGAAGAGACCAAGACCGACAUGGAUGUCGAUUGGGAUGAAGAUCUCUAUGGUGAAAUGACCGACUCCGUCAAGGAAGUGCCGUCCGGCCCGGCUCGAAUACAUGUAUCUACGUACGAUGUUCUUGCGGGGGUUGGUAAGAUCAUCGACAUGGAAUUCGGCAUAGCCGUGACAGAUCAAGGGGUCCGGACGUAUCCUCAGCUGGUGACCAUCGGCGGUGGGACCAAGCGAUCCACAUUUAAUGUCUUUCGUCGCGGUAUUCCCAUCACCAAACGUCGCCGGUUCAACGAACUAGUCAAUACGGAAGCGGCCUGGUUCCUUCCAAUCCAACGGCAGUCUGUGCAGAAACUCAAGGAUAUACCCGAUGCCGAGCGAACGACACUUCUUUUCAGUUCUGAAGCGACCCAAACGAGAAUAUUCGCUCUAUCCACUAGAGCAACUCCCGAGCAGAUCGGGCGAAUUGGAAGCAUCACCCUUGCCGCGGCUCCGUUCUUCGGAAGAUCAUGUGUCGUACAUGUCUCGCCGUCGCAAGUCACCCUUCUCGACUCGGAUGGUAAACUGCAGCAAGUGGUAUCUCAAGGUGCCUUUGCCUCAGCCAGUAUAUCGGACCCCUAUAUUGUCGUUCGCCAGACAGACGGCACAUCCUCACUAUUCGUUGGCGACGGGACAACGCGCCAGGUUUCCGAGACUCCCCUUGACCCUUGUCAAGGUGUCGAAGUCUUUUCAGACGUAUCUGGGAUCUACCGUACUUUCGAAGCCGGUGCUAGCGCUCCGAACCGAAUACGAGCAACCCGGAUGCAGCUUACGCAGCAACAGAUCAAAGAGCUCCAGCAGGAGAAGCCGGCAAUCGCCGAGGACUCAAGCAUGGAGCAAAUGAAGGGAACGAAAUGGUUGGCUUCCAUCGCCAAUGGUGUCGUCCAGAUUCGGUCUCUGCCCGACCUUCAAGUCGUGCUUGAAUCUGAAGGCGUCUGCAAUUCUGAACCGAGCUUCACGGAUGACUACACUGGCACACCGUCCGACCUUCCGGACACCGUGAGGCAGUUCCUGUUCCAUCCUAUCGGCAAAGAAAAUCCCCGCCCACACGUCACCAUCCUCUUCUCCUCUGGUAAACUGAACAUCUAUGAAGCCCAACCUCGAUUCACCGUCGACUCCUCAUUACAAUCCAGGCGAUCUCUAGCCGUCCGGUUCCGCCGCGUCCAUACUCAGGUCCUGCCACCCACUUCCACCCUCGUCCCGUUCACCAAUAUUGAGGGCUACACCGGUCUCUUCAUCACUGGCGAAAAGCCUCAUUGGGUCUUGUCAUCGGAUGCUCAUCCCAUACGCUCGUUCGGUCUGAAACAGGCCGCUGUGGCGUUUGGCAAAACAACUCACCUAGGCGGAACGGGAGAAUACUUCAUGCGCAUCGAGGAUGGGUCUUUCAUCUGCUACUUUCCCCCUACACUCAAUACCGACUUCACUAUCCCCUGCGACCGACACGUCAUGGAACGCAAUUACACCAAUAUCGCAUUUGAUCCGCUAUCCGCCCAUUACGUGGCGUCGGCCGCCAUCGCCGUCCCAUUCCAAGCUUAUGACGAGGAGGGAGAGAUUCAGGUCGGACCAGAAAAUUCCGACGAGAGACUGCUCCCGCCCACUAACGAGAGAUCCACUCUCGAGCUCUUCUCAGCGGGCUCUGAUCCAUGGCGCGUCAUUGACGGCCACGACUUUGACCAGAACGAGCAGGUGCUCUGUAUGCAGAGCGUCAUUCUCGAAUCUAGCAGUGUCCCUACUGGAUACCGAGACUUCAUCGCUGUUGGUACAGGCUUUGACUUUGGCGAGGACAGAGCCACUAGGGGCAAUCUCUACGUCUUUGAAGUCGUCGAAAUUGUCUCUGAAGGGGGCAAGACCUCUUGGCAGCUCGUGAAAAGGGCCAAGGACCCAGCUCGCAACCCCGUCAGCUCCAUCAACAACAUCAACGGCUAUCUGCUGAAUUCUAACGGGCCGAAAAUGUACGCCAAGGGUCUCGACUAUGAUCGACAGCUUAUGGGUUUGGCCUUCCUUGACGUCAACUUUUACGUCACAUCGAUCAGAGUCUUCAAGAAUUUCAUCCUCAUCAGCGAUCUCGUCAAAUCAGUCUGGCUCGUCUCGCUGAACGAAGAUCCAUAUCGCUUUACGCACAUCUCGAAAGACCUGUCGGACGUCUCACUUGUUUCCUCUGAGUUCCUGGUGCAUGAGCGUCGGAUGGCAUUCGUCACUGUUGAUCGACAGGGCAACAUGCGAAUGCUCGAGUUCGACCCGAACGAUUCGGAGUCAUUGAACGGGGAGAAACUGCUACUCAGAACGGAAUAUCACGUCGGAUCGCCGAUCACUGCGUCAAAAUCCAUAGCUAGGCGCAAGUCGCCCGAAGAGAUGUUCGCGCCGCAGACGCAGAUCGUCUAUGCCACGGCCGAUGGGAGCUUGACAACGGUCGUUUCGGUCAAGGAGGCUCGAUACAAGCGACUUCAGCUGGUAUCAGAUCAGCUGGUGAGGAAUGCACUGCAUGUUGCCGGACUCAAUCCGAGGACGUUCAGGACGGUCAAGAAUGACCUGGUGCCCAAGCCCCUUACGAAAGGCAUUCUCGAUGGUAAUCUGCUGAGUCAUUUCGCAUUACAGCCAGUGAAGCGACAACAGGAGAUGCUGCGCCAGAUUGGUACGGACGAGUUGACUGUGGAUAGUGAUCUACAAGCCAUAGGAGGCUUCUGGUAGACAUGUAAUAAAUGCAUUCUUGUUGUUUUCCCGGU